CACGGCCUGGAGUUGAGCACUGAUUACACUGGCUGGAUGUGCACUGAGGACACCAUUCAGUUCCAUCUUGAGUCCAUGCAGUCCUUGACGUCCGAUGGCUGGACACACGUUUACUCAUUCAGGGGUGAUGUCAGGGAUGUGGUCCAGAAGGUGCGCGCGUGUGACAUCGACCCUUUGGUCCACGAGCUGCUUAUGUCCAGGCCCUUGCUGCACCAACCGAAGACAUUGAUGGCUGAUGUUCACCAUAAAGUGCCGGAUUGGGCUUACAACGCUAUGUUCAAGAUACAGGAAAAACAUGGUGUCAAUGAGUAUACCCACGAUUGUCAGUUGGAGUUCUUGUUUAAGCACCGCCAUGUGUUGUUCAACAGGUGCUCAUCUUUCAUCGACGUUAUGUCAGGAGACGGCCACCCAAGCUGCCGCACGUACAAUAUCUGGCUGGUAGAGCGCCUGGCGCUUGCUGAACAGUACGCUGAGGAUGGUUUUUUCCACGAGAACUCUGCUUCGUUUCCAUACUGGCGGAAGUUCGCCAAGCUGCACGACUCACACCGCAUCUUCACCAUCAAGGCGAAUCCGUUGAACAGUGGCUGGGGUUUGUCCAGGGAUCGGUGCUUGACCUUCGGCUUGAGCACCAGGACGGCGGUGUGGUGCGGGCCGCAGUCUAUUGAUGAUGUCCAGGCCGAGUUCGACUCCCUGUUCGGCUGCCUGAUUCCCAAUUGCGACAGCGACACCUUCUUCAUAGACUCCGAGAGCGGGGUGCUGAGUAUGCUUCGAGAGCGGCUGGCUCGCCGUGGGAACUUCGUCAAAGACGACGUGGACCUGAAGAACUUCGACUGGAAGGCCGUGCUGACGCCGGGGCAGCGCUCCCGGCUGACCGCGCUGGAGGCCACGAAGUGCGGCCGCGAGGGUUUAUCAGGAUUGUUUGAGACUUGA